CUUUGUGUUUAGUCUGAGACUGACGCAGCUGGCGAGCGGUUGAUCGCGCACUCCACCACUUCGAUCAGAGACCGGGACCGAUACCCGCAUCGAUACGCAGAUCAGUUUGGCCACCUACUCGCGCUGGAGGCUGCUGCAGCUGAAGACCCUGGCUCCAAUUCCAACCAGAUCGUUGCACAAUCAAACGGGUUAGGCUGCACUAGAUGCACCGGGCGUAUACGCAACGCCACGCGCCUCACUAAUAAGUUACGCAUACGUCACGGAGUCGCGAGAGGUGCUAGCUGCGACCAUUGAACCGCUCGCCAGUUAUCGUACGACACUCGACGGUCCCCCUUAAAUCAGUGUGACACCUGCUUAACGUGGCCUAGACUCGAAAAUGGGCUACGACGACGUCAUCACCCACCUGGGGGAGUUUGGUCGCUACCAGAAGCGCAUCUACUACCUUCUCUGCCUGCCGGCCAUUGUCUGCGCCUUCCACAAGCUGGCCGGAGUGUUCCUGCUGGCUAAGCCUGACUUCCGCUGCGCCCUGCCCUUCGAAAAUGAGGAAAGUCGGUACGAGCUGCCGCCGCACCAGUGGAAUUUGUCGUAUCCGCAGGGAGAUUAUUGCUCCUACUACGAUGUGGAGUACUCAGAGGAGUACCUGAACGGCAGCAUUCCGCGGAGCAGUAACCAGACCAGGAGCUGUUCCCGCUACGUCUACGACCAGAGCAAGUACCUCAAUAGUGCGGUCACCGAGUGGAAUAUGGUGUGCAACCGGAGUCUGUUAAGCGCCACCAGCGACUCGCUUUUCAUGCUGGGCGUGCUCCUUGGGAGCUUCAUCUUUGGCCAGAUGUCCGAUAAGCUGGGACGCAAGCCCACCUUCUUCGCCUCGCUGGUGAUUCAGCUGAUCUUUGGCGUGCUGGCUGCUGUCUCUCCUGAGUACUUCAGCUACACCAUAUCCCGGAUGAUUGUGGGAGCCACCACCUCGGGUGUCUUCCUGGUGGCCUACGUGAUCGCCUUGGAAAUGGUGGGCUCCUCGUACCGCCUCUUUGCCGGCGUGGCAAUGCAGAUGUUUUUCUCCGUGGGCUUCAUGCUGACUGCUGGCUUCGCCUACUUUAUCCACGACUGGCGCUGGCUGCAGAUCGCUCUGACUUUGCCAGGGCUCCUCUUCAUCUGCUACUACUGGAUCAUUCCGGAGUCUGCCCGCUGGCUGCUACUAAAGGGUCGCAAAGAUGAGGCAUUCGUGAUCAUCAAAAAGGCAGCCAAGGAGAACCGGGUCGAGAUACCCAGCGAGAUCUAUGAGCAGCUGGUGGACGAGGUGGCCGAGAAGAAGAAACAAGAUGAACUGACAGCUUCCCAACCGGCGGCAACGGUGUUUGAUCUCCUCCGAUACCCCAAUCUUCGCCGGAAGACCCUGCUGAUCUUCUUCGAUUGGUUCGUAAACAGCGGCGUCUACUACGGCCUCUCGUGGAACACCAACAACCUGGGGGGAAACCAACUCAUUAACUUCAUGAUCUCCGGUGCCGUGGAGAUUCCCGGCUACGUGCUGCUCCUCUUCACCCUCAACCGCUGGGGUCGCCGCUCGAUCUUGUGCGGUACCAUGAUGGUGGCCGGUGUUAGUCUGCUGGCCACCAUCUUUGUGCCCAGCGACAUGAACUGGCUGAUCAUUGCCUGCGCCAUGAUAGGCAAGCUGGCCAUCACCUCCUCCUACGGAACCAUAUACAUAUUCUCGGCGGAGCAGUUUCCGACAGUGGUGCGUAAUGUGGGUCUGGGCGCCUCGUCCAUGGUGGCCCGUGUGGGCGGCAUCCUGGCGCCCUACCUCAAGCUGCUGGGCGAGAUCUGGCGACCUCUUCCCCUAAUCAUCUGCGGUGCUUUGUCCCUCACCGCCGGACUGAUGUCCCUGCUGCUGCCGGAGACCCUGAACAAGCCUAUGCCCGAGACCAUCGAGGAUGGGGAGAACUUCGGCAAGAAGACGGCGCCAGAGGAUUCCGCUGAGGAGGGAGAGAGUGCCACCCAGGAGCUGAGGGGGAUGCUCGACGUAAAGUUGGGCUAAUUGGAGACCGGAUCGCGAGAGAGCCACAGCCACUUGCUGCAAUCGAGGCAGACGGCCUCAAUUGGCUUGCGCCAUAGACGAUUUCAACGAAUUUAAGCAUACUGCGCAUCUACUCUUCCCCGAGGGGAACAACAAUUCAUUCCAUUCCCUCUAUUUGUUUACCUUUACAAGCAUUUUAAUAAAAUACAAGUAACUGCGACUUGUUCCCCGGUCCGUGGGUGCACUUGCGAUUCAACGAA